AUGGCACCUCCCAUGCGGACCUUCGCUGCUCGCAGCGUUUUUGCGCAGCUCCAGCGGGCUGGAACUCGCUCCUAUGCUACAACCCGGCCAUCAGUCAUCGCCAACCGGGCACAAUGGACCUCGCGGCCCGUAUCUCACCAGAUCGCUCUCCGCCAGACGAUCCGCCAGCAGUCAACCGAGGCUCCCAAGCCCACCAUUAAGCCGAAGAAGAGGUUCCGCGUCCUGCGCUGGACAUGGCGCAUCACCUAUCUCUCCGCCAUUGCCGGCGCCGCGUACGUGGGCUAUGGCAUCUGGGAGACGCGCCAUCCAGUAGACGAGCAGCCCGCGCCUGACCCGAGCAAGAAGACACUCGUCGUGCUUGGAACUGGCUGGGGCUCCGUCUCCCUGCUGAAGAAGCUCGACACGGAAAACUACAACGUCGUCGUCGUUUCGCCACGUAACUACUUCCUUUUCACUCCGCUGCUCCCGUCAUGCACCGUUGGCACCAUAGAGCACCGCUCCAUCAUGGAGCCCAUCCGCAACUUCCUGCGUCACAAGAAGGCCGCCGUCAAGUACUACGAAGCCGAGGCCACCAAAAUCGACUAUGAGAAGAGGGUUGUCUAUAUCAAUGACGAUUCCGAGAUCAAGGGCGAUGUCUCUGCGACUGAGGUGCCGUUCGAUAUGCUGGUCAUUGGUGUCGGUGCUGAGAAUGCCACUUUCGGCAUUCCCGGUGUGCGUGAGCACGGCCUCUUCUUGAAGGAGGUUGGUGAUGCCCAGCGAAUCCGUAACCGCAUCAUGGACUGCUGCGAGACUGCCACCUUCAAGGACCAGAGCCCUGAUGAAAUCCAGCGUCUCCUUCACAUGGUGGUCGUGGGUGGUGGACCGACUGGUGUUGAGUUUGCUGGUGAACUCCAGGACUUCUUCAACUCGGAUCUGAAGAAGUGGAUUCCGGAGAUCAAGGAUACGUUCAAGGUAACCCUCGUCGAGGCGCUUCCCAACGUCUUGCCCAUGUUUUCCAAGCAGUUGAUCGACUACACCGAGAAAACCUUCAAGGAGGAGACCAUCACCAUCCGGACCAAAACCAUGGUAAAGAAGGUUACCGAUAAGUUUAUCGAAGCUGAAUCCACUGGACCCGACGGCAAGAAGAUUGUAGAGAAGAUCCCCUACGGUUUGCUUGUGUGGGCUACUGGUAACGCCCUCCGCCCGCUCGUGAAGGACUUCAUCAACCAGAUCCCUGCCCAGAAGGACUCCCGCCGUGGUCUUGCCGUCAACGAAUACCUUGUUGUCAAGGGUUGCGAGAACGUAUGGGCUGUCGGUGACUGCGCCGUUGCUAACUAUGCCCCUACUGCCCAGGUUGCAUCCCAGGAGGGUGCCUGGCUCGCCCGCAUGUUCAAUCAGAUGGCCAAGACCCACGAGAUUGAGGCUGAACUCGCCGAGCUUUCUGUCAAGCAGGAGAAGGCCCCUGGCAAGGACGCCCGCGACGCUGUUUUCGCCGAUAUCAAGGAACUUCAGAAGCGUCUCCGAAGAGUUAAGCAGAUCGGUCCUUUUGAGUACACCCACCAGGGUUCUCUUGCCUACAUUGGUUCUGAGAAGGCCGUCGCCGAUAUCGCAUGGCUGUCCGGUAACAUUGCCAGCGGUGGUACCCUGACAUACCUCUUCUGGCGCAGUGCCUACAUCAGCAUGUGCUUCAGCACCCGUAACCGCAUCCUCGUGUGCGUUGACUGGUUCAAGUCCAAGAUCUUCGGCCGCGACGUCUCGCGUGUCUAA